AUGGUUGCCCGGUUCUUAUGUAGUUCUAUCCACAGUCUCGCCAUCGCGUUACUUCUAUGGGUAGAGUGCGUCACGGCCGGGGGCUUCACAUUUCCAACAGAAUCCCAAUAUCGGUUCAUCGUUGGGGAUCAAGUCAACAUCACCUGGGAUGUUGUCACGCCGCGGAUAUCUUUGUACGAAGAGUGUGGGACAGAACAAUGGAUUCUUGCCCUGAACGUUGUGAACAAACACAGCUUUGUCUGGACAGCAAACCGGGACGUCUAUAAGGAGUCCGGCUGCUAUUUCGAACUGGAGUCUUUGGGCUCCCAGGGUGAUCAUGAUGGCCGAGACAAUAUGACCAGCGUUGUCUUUGGGGUUGCGAAGAGGUACCAUGACGAUCCGUCACCGACCUCAUACCAUUUUGCCAGUACAUCGUCCACAUCUUCAACUGGCACUUCAGCCCCGGCGACAACCUCCUCAACUGAGGCGACCGGUGUCGCUACAGCCACGGAUGUGUCUGCCGAAACCCCAUCUCCUGACCCCAGCAACGGUGGCCUUUCCCCGGCCGCAAAGAUCGGUGUAGGCUUAGGAAUUCCAUUGGGCUUUCUCCUGUUAGCCCUUGCUGUAGGAUCAUUUAGAUAUCUUCGACGGAGGAAACGGCUACGAGGAAACUCACCGGAAGUCUCCGAGUCGGUAUGGAAUUCUGAUGGUGCGACUCUACCUGGCGGCUUUGUGGAUGGAAGUAAUGCGUCCAAGAAUAUGCGUGGAUCUCACACGGAUACGAUCAUCUCAGAGCUGUCGUCGGAGAACUACAGGACGCGAGAUGAAAGGCAAACCAAUGAGAUCAAUGAGUUGAUGGGGGUGGAACGCAGCGAGCUGCAUUGA